GACAAAGACACACGCUCCCACUGGACUUUGCAAACCUGGUUAUUUCUGUACUGGCGCUGCCAAAACAGCCACCCAAAUGAUGGCAAAAGAAGGGCAUUAUACAUUGGAAGGCGCUGCCCAGCCAGAACUCUGCUCUCCAGGGAGUUUCCAGCCGAAUCUAGCACAGUCUGCCUGCAUUGAAUGCCCAGCAGGGAUGUUUUGCAAUCACACUGGCCUGGUGGAACCCUUGGUUUGCCCCAAAGGGCAUUAUUGCCCUGCUGAGAGUAUUCUACCUCUACUUUGCCCACCGGGCACUUAUUCAGACAUCUUGGGUGGCACUGGAGUAGGCACCUGUAAGCUAUGUCCAGCAGGCAUGUACUGCAGCAAAUCUGGCCUGGCGGUGCCCGAAGGAUUUUGUCAACCAGGGUAUUAUUGUCUCCAAGGAAGCAGUAGUGCCUCCCCAGCUGGGCUCCCUUUCGGUGGCCCUUGUCCUGCAGGGCAUUACUGCCCUGCUGGCACAAAACAGCCCAGAGAAAUGCCCUGCCCAGUUGGGACAUGGAAUGAGCAGAAAGGAAGCCGGGAUUCGAGCUGGUGCUUACCUUGCCCACCUGGGUUCUUCUGCAGCAGUCCAGGCCGUGUUUCCCCAACAGGUCCAUGCGCUCCAGGCUUUUUCUGCAGAGGUGGGACCCGAACUGCCAGGCCAGUGGAUAGGGUCACUGGAGACACGUGCCCCAAUGGUCACUUCUGCCCUGGGGGCUCAGCAGUGCCAUCUCCAUGCCAAGAUGGGGAGUACAGCCCAAUAACAGGUCAAGAAGAAUGCUUCCCAUGUCCAGCUGGCCUUUAUUGUAAAAAUGGUGUAAGGUACCACUGUCCACCAGGUUUUUUCUGCCCACCAAAGACUGGAGCUUCCCUGUAUCCCUGCCCUCCUGGGACUUAUAACCCGACCUCAGGUAUCGACCGAGGUGAGAGAUGCCAGCUGUGCCCUGCAGGAAUGUUUUGUGGUGAAUGGGGGUUACCUUCUCCCACUGGCCCCUGUUUGUCAGGGUUCUUCUGCAAUUCAGGUUCCAGUGUCCCAAACCCAGAUGGAGCCACCAAUCCAAAUGCCGGAGGUCCUUGCCCACCGGGGCACUUUUGCCCAGCUGGAACCAGGAUCCCUCUGCCAUGCCCGGCUGGCACCUUCUCUGACAGACUGUACCUUUCCCUUGAGACCAGCUGCAUUGCAUGCCCACCUGGCCAUUACUGUCUCUCUGCUGGGCUCACAGCCCCCUCUGGACUCUGCUCUGCUGGUUACUACUGCCUGCCUGGAGCUACCUCGCCAUCCCCUAAAGAAUUUCCAGAACAGGGAGGUGCUUGCCCUGUGGGCCACUUUUGUCCAGAGGGGACCAGCCACCCACUUCCCUGUCUAGCAGGAACUUAUAACAAUCUCACUAGGCAACCAGCAUGCUUCCCAUGUCCAGCUGGUUACUACUGCCCUGAAAAUACCACCAACUACAGUGGGUUCAUCUGCCCACCUGGCUUCUACUGCCCUGAAGGAAGCAGGUCAGCGACGGACUUCCCCUGCCCUCGUGGCUACUAUAACCCGGAUCCCAUGACCCAGAGCUUGGAUAGUUGCUUGCCCUGCCCCUCCGGACACUACUGCGGGAAGGAAAAUUUAACCACUGUGUCAGGGAAGUGUGAUGCAGGUUGGUUCUGCAUUUCAGCGGCUUGGACACCUCAGCCCUUUGAUCUGGAUAAUUACACCAACAGCAACUGCCUUUGCCCAGCCACGGCUACAGGAGCAAAAUGCUCCCCUGGGUUCUUCUGUCCAGAAGGCAGCCCUGAACCCAUUCUGUGUCCUCCAGGGUUUUACUGCAAUGCACCAGGUCUGUCUGCUCCAAGCGGGGAAUGUGCAGCAGGAUUUUAUUGUACAGGUGGAGCAUCUUCUCCCAAGCCAGUAGAUGAAGUUUCAGGCAGGAUCUGCCCCGAAGGGACUUACUGCCCUGUGGGGUCUCAAGCACCAAGCCUCUGCCCAGCUGGUACCUUCUCCAACCUGUUAGGGCGAAGUACGGUUUCUGACUGCCAGCUGUGUCCCUCUGGGUUUUAUUGUGAAGGAUCCGGACUGAGGACCCCCAGUGGAGAAUGCUGGGAAGGGUAUUACUGUGACAACCACCUGGGACCUAUCAGUGACUUCACCCUCUACCCUUGUCCACAGGGCUAUUAUUGCCCACCAGGCACACUGAGGUCUACACAGUACAGUUGCCCCUCGGGGACAUUUGGACCCAAGCAGAGGCUAAAGAGUAUCCAAGAAUGUCAAAAGUGCCCACCAGGAAAGUUCUGUUCAUCUCCUGGGCUGGCUGUUCCAUCAGGAGAUUGCUCUGCAGGGUCUUGGUGUAAAGGAGGUGCUUGGAUCCCGAACCCAGAAGAUGGUGUGUCUGGACUUCCUUGCCCUCCUGGGCACUACUGCCUCUCAGGAAGUCUUGCUCCAUCUGCCUGCCCUCAUGGAACAUGGUCUAGUGAUGAAGAGAAUCAAAACCUCCAAAAUUGCCGGCCCUGCCCUGGGGGAUAUUAUUGCAAUGGCACUGGUCUUGUGGCCCCAUCAGGACGCUGUGCAGCAGGGUUUUUCUGCAUCGCAGGGUCUGUCACACCAACACCCACAGAUGGAAUUUCAGGUGCUUCCUGCCCUGUGGGCCACUUCUGUCCUUUAGGCAGUGGGAGUCCCAUUCCUUGCCCCCCUGGCUCCUACAUGGCUGAAACACAUGGAGAAGAAUGGUGUCACACCUGUCCAGAGGGGAAGUAUUGUAUCCCUGGCCAUUUGCCACAGCCGUGUCCCAAAGGCUUUUUCUGCCCUGAAAGAACAGGCCUCAACUGGCAGCCGUGUCCCCCGGGAACCUACAAUCCUAACCAAGGCAUAGGUAGUCAUACCGACUGCAGAGCGUGUGACGGAGGGAAAUUCUGCCUGUACCGCAAUGCAACUGAUGUCACGGGACACUGCUGGGAAGGUUAUUACUGCAACCGAGGAUCAGAUCAGCCCAAUCCUGAGACCCAGCUCAAUGGUCAUGCUGGUCCAUGUCCGUCUGGCCACUACUGUCCAAGGGGCACAGCUGUUCCCAAGCAGUGCCCUGCAGGGACCUUUGCUGCUAGGACUAAGCUAAUCUCAGAGGCUGAGUGCUCUCCCUGUCUGCCAGGUCACUACUGCAUUAGUCCUGGGCUGGUGGCCCCAACAGGAAUGUGUGAAGAAGGAUUCUACUGCAUUCUGGGCUCUGUAGUUCCCAACACACCAUUCAUGGACCAAAGUGGAGGGCCCUGCCCUGAAGGUUAUUUUUGCCCCCGAGGUGCAGCUACUCCACUGGCUUGCCCGGCAGGGUCAUAUAAUCCUUCACAGAGGCAAGCCAGCUGCCUCCCCUGCCCUGGAGGGUACUUCUGCCCCAAGAAUUCCUCCUCCUUAGUUGGGAGCAAAUGCCCAGUUGGCCACUACUGCCCUCCUGGUACUGUGUCCGGAACCCAGUUUCCAUGCCCCCAAGGGGCUUUUAACCCCAACACAGGAAGCACCAAUGUAUCUCUCUGCAUGCCAUGUGAUUCAGGCCAUUACUGUGCCCUGCCAGGUCAGUCUCGUGUCACAGGCCCUUGCUCGGCAGGGUAUUACUGCAUCACAGGGGCUUCCACCCCAACACCUAUGGACCAUCUGGCUGGAAACGUUUGCCCAAAAGGCCAUUACUGCCCCAAAGGCUCUGCCUUGCCCCAACCUUGUCCCCGUGGUUUCUACAGCAACUCUUCAGGAAACACCAAGACUGAAGACUGCCUCCUGUGUCGUGCAGGAUAUUUUUGUGAUGGCACAGGGCUUGCAUCUCCUUCUGGUCUCUGUGCUCCUGGGUUCUACUGCAGUGGAGGAGCUGUUUCUCCAAGACCUGUACUGACGACAAGCAGAGGAGGCCAGUGCCCACCUGGCUAUCACUGUGUGAUGGGGAGCGACAGACCUCAGCCAUGCCCUGCAGGAAGCUACGGCCCCUUCUGGGGCUUGGCCCAGUGUCUGGAAUGCCCAGAAGGUGUGUACUGUGGCAUUGGUUCUGCUAACUUCACAAACUGUCCAGCAGGACACUACUGCCCACGGAAUACGAAGUUUGCCACUCAGUUCCCAUGUCCAUGGGGGACAUACAGUGAGAUUCCAAACUUAAAGACUGUCUCCGAAUGCCAACCAUGCCCACCUGGAAAGUUUUGCUCCAAGCCAGGCUUGAUGAGCCCAGAUGGAACAUGCAUGCCCGGCUGGUACUGCCCCCCUGGCUCCAGGUCAGGCAAGCCGGUUUUCCCAGGAAACGACUCUGGUAUUGAAAAGAACACUUGA